CGCACUAGCCAAUGAAGCUACUCAGAACUCCAAAAAUGGCGAGAAGAAACAGGAUCAAUGACGACCGCCUUCCUCUCUUUAGUACCCGUAAUAGCGGUGGUGACAGCAAGAGGAGCUUCUCGAAGAAAUGGGUUCAUCUGAUUCCCAUAAUUGUUAUGUUCUGCUUCUUUGUUCUCUGGUUCUUCUCUUAUACAGUGGAUUUGGAGGUCAAAGAUGGAAGAAUUGCAGAGUUUCCAAAGAUAGACAAGCCGAUUUCUCUAAGCGAAACUCGUGUUGACAUUGCCCUCUUGGCUGUAGCUUCUCCACCUUAUCCCUCAAUCACACACAUGCAGACACUAGGAAGCCACACUGCAGCAGAGCCGGCAAGUGUUAACUGAUCAAAGAGUUUAAACUUUCUUCAAAAACCCUCAUUCAGGAA